AUCGAUGCUUUUGAUCCAUCUAUCGCGCGACGCGGACUUUAUCCAAGUUAACGCUAACCUCAAAUUAAAUAUGGAUAUUCGACCGAAUAACACUAUUUAUAUUAACAAUUUAAAUGAGAAGAUAAAAAAGGACGAAUUAAAAAAAUCAUUGUAUGCUAUCUUUUCUCAAUUUGGUCAAAUUUUGGAUAUUGUGGCUUUAAAAACAUUGAAGAUGCGUGGACAAGCUUUUGUUAUUUUUAAAGAAAUAGGAAGUGCGACAAAUGCGUUGAGAUCUAUGCAAGGAUUUCCAUUUUAUGAUAAACCAAUGAGGAUACAGUACGCUAAAACUGACAGUGAUUUGAUAGCCAAAAUGAAAGGUACCUUUGCAGAACGUCCGAAGAAGCCAAAAAGAGUUGUUCCAGCAGCAGAUGAGGAAGCCAAACGUGCCAAAAAGCGUGCAAAAGAACAAGCAAAACAUUCACAACAAAUUGGUUAUCAUGCUGGUGUACCGCAACAUCCAGGACUCGUCAAUACAGCUGUGCCUGAACAACCACCAAAUCAGAUAUUAUUCUUAACAAAUCUACCAGAUGAGACAAGUGAAAUGAUGUUGUCGAUGCUGUUUAAUCAAUUCCCAGGUUUUAAAGAGGUACGUUUAGUACCCAAUCGGCACGAUAUUGCAUUUGUCGAAUUUGAAAAUGAAGUUCAAUCUGGUGCUGCAAAGGAUGCUCUGCAAGGUUUCAAAAUUACACCUUCACACGCAAUGAAAAUAUCAUUUGCAAAGAAAUAAAUUUUGUAACAGUUUUCUAUUAUUAAUAUCUAAGUUAUGUAUAAGUUUGAUUGAGCAAACAUUAGAAACAAAAACAUCAGGUUGAUUUUGAUUAUCUCAUCUAUAAUAAUUUGCAGAAGAAUGUAUGUAAUUUCGAAAUGAAUUCAUUUACCAUUCUGCAGUGUUAUAUUGUGAUUUUCAACAAAUACAGACUUACUUUAAGAUA